AUGCAACCUCAUGAACAUAUCCAAAUCAAAGAAUCUUUUCUUGUUGGAAAAGCAUUGUUGAUCUUCACAUCUGUAUUUGUUUCCCUUGGGGUGUUUUUGUUUGGAUUUGAACAAGGGUUAAUGUCAUCGUUGAUUACCAAUAAUUACUUUAAACUUUACUAUGACAAUCCAACUCCAGCGGAAAUUGGUAUUAUGAUUGCAAUUCUUGAGAUUGGUGCUUUAUUUUCUUCGUUUGUGGCAGGAAGAGUAGGUGACUUGGUGGGGAGAAAGAAAACCAUCCGGUAUGGAUCUUUUAUAUUUGUUGUUGGUGCUUUAAUUCAAUUCUUAUCUCCCGAUAUUUGGAUCUUGAGCGGUGGCAGAUUGAUAGGUGGUGUUGCCAUUGGAUUUCUCACUACGAUUGUUCCCUGUUACCAAUCAGAGAUUAGUCCUCCAACCGAUAGGGGGUUCUAUGCUUGUGCCGAGUUUACUGGAAACAUUAUUGGAUACGGUGCUAGUAUAUGGGUUGAUUAUGGUUUUUCAUUUUUGGAAAGUGAUGCCAGUUGGAGAAGUCCCCUCUUUGUGCAAUUUUCCAUGGGUGUAUUGCUUUGGUUAGGAACUUUUGUUAUAGUGGAAACACCACGUUGGUUAUUGAAUCACGACCAUGAUUUGGAAGGCAUGAUUGUUAUUGCUGAUAUGUAUGCUGAUGGUGAUGUUGAAGAUGAACACGCCAGAAACGAGUACAGAAACAUCAAAGAAAGUGUAUUGAUUGAUAGAAUUGAAGGCGGGGAAAGAUCAUAUCAAUACUUGUUCAAACGGUACGCCAAGAGAUUAUCAGUUGCUUGUUUUGGAUUAUUAUUUAGUCAAUUAAAUGGUAUCAAUUUGAUUUCCUACUACGCGCCAAUGAUUUUUGAAAGUGCUGGUUGGGUUGGUAGAAAAGCCAUUUUCAUGACAGGAAUCAAUUCCAUCAUUUACAUUUUAAGCACAAUUCCACCGUGGUACUUGGUUGAUUCAUGGGGCAGAAAACCAUUGUUGAUGCUGGGAGCAUUGUUGAUGGGUGUUCCCCUCUACUUGGCGGGCUACUCUUUGUACUUGAAUAAUGAUUACACUGCAGCCGUUGUUGUUACAUGUAUCAUCAUCGCUAAUGCGGCAUUUGGCUACUCGUGGGGUGGUAUUGGGUGGCUCUUACCCUCAGAGAUUUUGCCACUUCCAGUCAGAUCCAAGGGUGCCGCUAUUGCAACCGCCACCAAUUGGCUUUCAAAUUUUGUGGUUGGAUUAGUAUCACCAAUCUUGUUGGACCAAAUCAAAUGGAAAACAUACUUGAUUCCUGCCUCAUUUUGUAUGUUGUCAUUCUUUGCUGUGUGGUAUUUGUUUCCUGAAACUAAAGGUUUGACUUUGGAAGACAUGGGAUCGGUCUUUGAUGAUAAAUCAUCCAUAUUUUCCUAUCAUGCAGCAGGCACUAAUGGCAAUGGCGGCGGUAGUAGCAGUGGCAUUAGUAUCCAUUCAAGCUCCAACUAUGGCUCAACUCAAGAGCGAAGAUUAUCCAAUGCCGAGUUUGUCACAGAUUCAGUACAAACAGCAGCUUCAAUGGCUAGAAAUCCAGCAACCAUGCGUCCGGAAUUGGAUGAUAAUAUAAUUGCCGGAGCUAGCAGUCCGGCUCACCUUUCUUCAGGUGGACCUUCAUCUUCAAUCAAACCAGUUAAAUCAGAUGGUACUUCAACGGCAUCUAUCGAUGGAUCAGCCUAUGCUGCAGAUGCUAUUAUUCAAGAAAUCGAACCACCUGCAUUUGAGGAUAUUUUAAUGUUUAAAGUUAAGGAACAAUCGCGACCAUUCUUUUUCGUUGAGUGGUUUACUCGGUCACAAAAGAAGAAGCAAAAGAAGAGGACCACUGAUGAAGAAAGUAGAUUAUUACAAACAGAUACAGUAUAG